UUUCCGUACAUUUUGAACUGGAACACAAUAUAGUUCGUCACUUAUUUAUGCAGUAGUUCAAACUAAGGAACUGCAAGUCGACGAGGAUUAUUAAACGAUGUUUAAAAGGAUUGACAGAAGACUCAAUUUAUAAAGGAGAGAUGUUCCGGAAACAAAACGAGCUCGAUCUUGAUUGUUGUGUAGAGCUGUUUGCGCGACAGCUCAGUUAGCUCGUGUACUUAUUUAUUUAUUUUAUUUGGUUAAACAGUCAGUUUUGCGUUGUUGUUUGAAAAGAAUCGUCACUUUGGCCCGGAUUUCUAGUCUAAAAAAUAAGCGGUUGGUCAGAUUGGUGGCCCAACAGCCUCUUAGCAUGGCUGACAACAGCAUAGUGACUUUUGGGACAGCUAGGAGUCUUCUGGUGGAUUCAUCCGUAUAUGAUUCAAGGAUCGACGAAACUACCAAGGACUUUGUAUGUGACGAUGUCGAAGAUAGACUUCCUAAAGUGGAGACAAGGAUUGUUCUAGUGGGAGAGGCAAGCAAAGAUGCCAAGCUGGUCAAUGCACUGCAGGCUGUACGAGUAAUGGAGGUACCUGUGGUGAAGAUAAGAGGAGCCGAAUCCUGUCCAGAAGAGAAAAUGAUGAUCAAGUCUAUUGUCAAUAUGGAAAUCACUAUACCAUUUAUAAUAACGGACAACAUCCAGGAGUUUCGGGAAGAAGAGAACACUGAAUUUGAGACAGUGUUUGUCCUCACUGACUUUAAAUCUUCAGAUUACCGUGACCUCUAUAAACGUGAUAACAGGAUUAUUGGUCCUCCUGUUGUGCUGCGCUGUGUUUUAAAGGAGGAGCCAAUACCAUUUUCAUGUCGCCCUCUGUACUCCACCACGAUGUUGAACCUGUCACUGUGUUUUACUGGCUUUCGGAAUAAAGAAGAAAUGAAAAACUUGGUCAGUCUGGUUCAUCACAUGGGGGGCAUCAUUCGUAAAGACUUCAGCACCAAGGUUACACACCUCAUAGCUCACUCCACUCAUGGAGAGAAAUACAAGCUGGCCGUGUGUAUGGGGACGCCCAUCCUUACUCCGUCAUGGAUAUACAAAGCUUGGGAGAGAAGAAAUGACGAGUCAUUCCAUGCAGGAGAGGAGGAUUUUCGAACAGAAUUCAAAGUACAUCCAUUCCAAGACUGCAUCCUCAGUUUCUGGGGUUUUUCAGAUGAAGAGAGAACAAAUAUGGAAGAGAGGACUCUUAAACAUGGUGGCCAAUAUCUGGAUGUUGGAAAUGAAAGAUGUACACACAUGGUGGUGGAUGACAAUUCGGUGAAGGAGAUGCCGUAUUGUUCCUCGAAGAACGUCUUUGUAGUCAAACAAGAGUGGUUUUGGGGAAGCAUUCAAAUGGAUGCGCGAGCUGGAGAGUCCAUGUACCACUAUGUAAAGAAUGUCAGCCCAACCAUGAAGAAAACGGUGUCCCUCCUCUCCCUGUCCACCCCCAAUAGUAACCGCCAGCGUCGGCUUUUAAGGGACACCCUUGCUCAGCUGACAAAGGAGACAGAGAUAUCGCCUUUUCCUCUGCCACCUAAAAGGCCAUCAGCAGAACAUUCGCUGUCUAUGGGCUCCUUGCUGGACAUCACAAUCACACCUGACACAUGUAAAGCCUUUGCAGCUUGUCCUCUUCCGGAGAGUUCAAAGCCAUCAAAGAGUGCAGUCCUGCCCAAGAAAUCAGCCCGGUGGCAAGUUUCCAAGGAGCUCUUUCAAACUGAAAGCAACUACGUAGACAUUUUGAACACUGUACUCCAGAUUUUCAAGCUUCCGUUAGAAAAAGAUGGUCAGGUGGGUGGACCUAUCCUGGCCCCAGAAGAAAUUAAGACAAUAUUUGGAAGCAUCCCUGAUAUCUAUGAGGUUCACACCAAAAUAAAGAGUGACCUUGAGGACCUUCUCAGAGCUUGGUCAGAAGAAAAGAGUGUAGGAGAUAUUAUCCUUAAAUAUUCAAAAGAGCUUGUGAAGGCCUACCCACCCUUUGUCAACUUCUUUGAAAUGAGCAAGGAUACUAUUAUUCGGUGUGAGAAACAAAAGCCACGCUUCCAUGCAUUUCUUAAGAUCAACCAGGCCAAGCCAGAAUGCGGACGACAGGCACUAGUAGAGCUGCUCAUCAGACCUGUACAGAGACUUCCCAGUGUGGCUCUACUUCUAAAUGACAUAAAGAAGCACACAUCAGAUGAGAACCCAGACAAGAUGAAACUGGAGAAUGCAAUUGAGUCUCUAAAAGAAGUUAUGACUCACAUUAACGAAGACAAGAGGAAGACAGAUGGUCAGAAGCAGAUCUUUGAUGUUGUUUAUGAAGUUGACGGAUGUCCCGCCAACUUGCUAUCCUCCCACCGCAGUUUGGUUUACAAAGUGGAAACCAUUGCACUCGGAGACCAACCAUGUGACCGUGGUGAACAUGUCACACUUUUCCUCUUCAGUGAUUGUCUGGAGAUUGCAAGGAAGCGACACAAAGUUAUCAAUACUUUUAAGAGUCCACUGGGACAAACAAGACCGCCACCUCCACUGAAGCACAUCACUUUGAUGCCACUGUCACAAAUUCGAAGAGUUCUGGACCUGCAGGACACAGAAGAAUGUGUAAAUGCAUUUGCUUUAGUUGUUCGCCCGCCGACUGAACAGGAGAACAUGUUGUUCAGCUUCCAGUUGGCUGGAGAGGAAACCGAGAAAUGUGAUUGGCUUCGAACACUUUGUCGACAUGUAGCCAACACCAUCUGCCGGACUGAUGCGGCUGAAAUUAUUCACUGUACAGACCCAGAUUCACUACAGGUCAGUACUAAAGACAUGGACAGCACCCUCAGCAAAGCCUCAAGAGCCAUCAAGAAGACAUCCAAAAAGGUGACAAGAGCAUUUUCGUUCACAAAGACGCCAAAGCGUGUGAUCCAGAGGGCAUUUAUCUCCAGCAGUACCCCAGAUGAUAAAAAACAGCGAUUGAGCUCUGAAAACCACAGCACCUCGACACUGACUUUUUCAGGACAUCGUUCUCCAUCCAUGGUGAAGCUAACAUCCACGUUUGAGAGGAAGUACCACACCUUCAGUCAGUCAACUAGUCAACUGUUUUGAGACCUGCGCUCUCAGGACAACAAGCCAGGGCCAAUGCAUCUUUUUAAUUCGUAGUUGUGUAUAGAGUUCUGCCUUCAUGUGAUAAGCCGAUAUCAGAAUUAUCAAUACAAUUAUAGUAUUUGUUAUUAAACUAGGGACAACAUAAUUUUGAAAACAAUUUAUAAUUACAGUAUGUGGCGUGUGUGUGUGUGUGUGUAUAUAUAUAUAUAUAUAUAUACACACACACAUAUAGUGCUUCUGAUGAAGAUGACCAAUAGUAGGAUGAAGAAAGUUAGUCAUUUUUCUGUGGUAUAUCUAUUACAUCUAUAGCUUGUAUUUGUGUAUAUAUAAGAAAUCCAUGUUGCUGUGCUCAUUUAUAAACUAGUUAAGAAAAUGGGUGUUGCAUUAUUUAUUACUGUAUGACAAAGAUCCAGAAUUUGCUAUUUUUUUCCACUGUUAUGUAUCUUUAAGGCGUGUUUUUAAAUGGAAUAAAAGUGCACCACAACAUACAAUUUUCUCAUAUGCAAACUGUAAGGAUUGUAUUGCUUUUUGUUAUUGUCUGUUUAAUUGCUGCAUAAUACAUUUCAGAAAUUGUUAUUUUCCAACAUUAAUAUCUGUUUUUCUAGUACAUUUUCUAUUGUUGACUGUUUUAUCAUAUUCAAUUCACGUCACUUUCUUGUCCACCCUGAAAGGUGACAGUGAAGCAACAGAUUCUGGAGUUGCUGUGCUCUGAACGACAAAAUGCCAAGUGUAGAUUUAGCCUGUUAACAUCUACAGUGCCCUGAUAAAGUAUUGGCCACCUUCUCAAAUUCUUACAUUUUUACGUAGUUUCCCCACUUUAGUAUUUAAGAUCAUCAAACAAAUGUAAAUAGCAGACAAAUAU